AUGACACGAGACGAAAAGGCGUUAGACCGAGUAAAGUUUCUUACCUACAAUGCUCUACUUCUCUUCUGCCAUAAGCCAAACGGCAAUCUGGCCUCAUCUCGUCACCUUCUGGUGGAGUGGCACCAGCAGCUGUAUCAGGUCGCACAGAAAGCCGUCUCAUGGACGACAAGGCAGUCAGAUGCUAAUUUCAUGAAUGGAAAGCCUUGGAAUAUUGAGGUGCGCGUUGCUCCGGCUCUGUAUCAUCGGUACAAAGACAGGUGCGGCGAAUGGAAAAUAACUUCGAGUUUUGGCUUGUCACGAUCGAUUCGUUCGCCUAAACAAUUUGCACAAUUAAUUUGCUCCGAAAUUGAGGACGGAAUGGAUUGCCGGGUUUCAGAAUCGGGUUUUCUCUGUAUCACAACUCGAGAUCGAAUCGAGCAGCUGCGUGCGUCAGGAAAGCUACCAUGUCCAAAGUGUAUACAGUGGUGCAAGGGCGAAAAGGGUCUGUGGUGGCAUAGUCAGCAGCAGCACGGCGUAGGUCAUCAUGAUGCCAUGGAUGCUGCUGUUAUGGUUCAAAACGUCAACGCAAUAGUCGUCUAUGGGGACAGUACGAGUGACCUAGAUUUGUUGAUUCGGCCGAAGAAAAUCGGAAUACAGACUCCGAAUACAGCAAGUUUGGAUGAGGAUCCUUUUCGACUGGCUCAACAUGGAGAUCUUGAGUCCCUUCAAAAAUUAGUAGAGCAUGGCUUCGACCCGAUUCACACGGCAGAUUCUCGCGGUGCCAAUGUCUUGCUUUGGGCAGCCGGUGGUGGUCACUUGGACAUGCUGCGCUAUCUGAUUGAAACCUGUGGUUGUGAUCCUGCAUGGAAACAGAAGGCAAAGCGCUCCUUUGGUGGACGUACGGCGCUUCAUUGGGCUGCUCGGAAAGGGCAUGUCGAAGUUUGUCGCUAUCUCGUGAACUCCUGUAACGUAGACUUGGAAGCUAUCACCACAGACGGAACAACGGCUUUCAGUUGGGCAUCGUGGCAAGCUCACCGAUGCGUGAUGCAAUUUCUGCAUUCAUCUGGCUGUAACGUGACGAGCUCGAAUACAUUUGGCUGUAACGCUGCGCUCUGGGCGGCUCAAGGUGCGGCUGACUCCGCUGUAAUGGAGUGGCUGGAUCGAAUUGGUUGCUCAGUGUUUCAAUUUUGCACAAAGCAGCGCAGCGUGGUAGAGAAGAUGUGUCAAAAUGGUUUGUAG